AUGGAUAACUCUGCCAGAGACCGCGACAGUUUGCUCUCCAAGCCACUGUCCAUACUCGUUCCCUUGACGCUCGUCUCAUUCUUGGGCAUUUAUCUGCUCCUCUCCCGUCUCCGCUAUGCUCGCCAGCGGCAUUCAAAUCUGCCUCUCCCACCGGGGCCACCUCGACUCCCCAUUGUCGGCAAUCUCUUCAACAGCCCAUUCCACCUCAGGUGGCUGACGCAUUACCAAUGGAGACACAUCUACGGCCCGGUGGUUCACUUCAAGGUGGGAAGGCAGUCCACCAUCGUCCUGACAACAGUCGAAGCGGCCCACGAGCUUCUCAACAAGCGCGCCAGCAAGUACUCGGACCGGUCGUUCGGCUACAUGACUACUGAGAUGGUCACAAAGGGAUACAACAUGCUCUUCCGCCGAUACGACUCACAGCUCCGCCUUCACCAACGCCUCCACUCCCACGGGUUGAACCCUCGCUCCGCAGCGCUUUACGAGCCUAUCCAGGACAUGGAGUCCCUCCAGCUUCUCAACGACAUGCUUUCCCAAGGCAAGCUGAAAUCAGAUUCGAGCGGCGGGGAAAAAGAGAUGGACGGCGUAGCGCCGCAAAACCCUCACUGGGAUUUCCGACGCGCCUCGGCCAGCAGCAUAAGCUUGGUCAUAUGGGGAUACCGCUUGAUGAAGGGACACCCCGGGACGAAAGAGCAGAUGGACUUCUUCGACACCAACCCCACGGCGGCGGUUGCGGGGGGCCCUGUUCCCCUGAUCGACACCUUCACCUGGCUCAAGCACGUCCCCUACCUCAUCUCGCCGUGGAAACGGGCGGGCGAGAAGUACCACCAAAGCGAGGCCGAGCACCACGUGUCGAACUUCCGCCGGGCGCUGAGGCAGCCCGGAUACAACAUCAGCAAGCAGAUCGCCAACGGCGUGGAGCGGCUCGGGGCGGGGACGAGCGAGGCGGAGAUGGCGUGGAUCGCGGCGACGCUGACGCUGGCCAACAGCGAGACGACCGUGUCGAUCCUGAGCUGGUUCGUCGUCGCCAUGGUCACGUACCCGCACAUGAUGCGCAAGGCGCAGGCCAUGCUGGACGAGGUCGUCGGCCAGCAGAGGUUACCCGUGUACGAGGACAGGGCGCGGCUGCCGUACAUCGACGCCAUGAUCGAGGAGGUCAUGCGGUGGCGGCCGAUCCUCCCCGCCGGGAUGGACCACGCCGCGGCCGAGGAGGACGAGUACAUGGGCUACCGGAUCCCCGCGGGGGCCACCGUCGUGGCGUCGCAGUGGGCCAUCACGCGGGACAAGGCCGUCUUCGGCGCGGACAACGACGACUUCCGGCCGGAGAGGUGGCUCGAGGGCCAGGAUCUGCCCAAGAUCUCGUUCGGGUACGGACGACGGCUGUGCCCGGGGAGACACGUGGGACGGGACGGCCUAUGGAUCCUGUAUGCGCGGCUGCUCUGGGCGUUCGAGAUGGAGGCGCCGACUGACGCGGCCACGGGGAAGAAGGUGGUGAUUGACCCGAUGGACAUGCCGCCGUUGGGCAUCGUCAUCGCCCCCAAGCCGUUCGAGGCGCUGUUCAAGCCCAGGGGAGAGUGGGUGGAGGAGCUGGUCCACGGCGGGCUCGAGAGGAGCGCGAAGGGUGUUGAGAACCUCAUGGAACAGAUUGGGGCAGCCAAAGGGCUUCAGUGA